AUGAAUAGCCAACUCUUUGCGGAUCAGCAGCUAGCCAAGCUGUACUUUGUACUGCGGGCGGGCCUCACCUCUAACAACGAUGCAUCGCAGGAUAUGAUAAUGGCUUACACGACGGCUCGAGACCACAACGAUAACGAAGAAAUGCAGGGAUGGAUCACCGAGGACGAUUGUCUUAAGUUGGACGACCAAACACUGACCAAGCGGCAUGUGUUCGUGUUCGAGAAGUUUUCCGGUGCGGCGUUUGAACGUGCGAGCAAAUGUCCCUCGACCGUCAUCGGGCCCCGGUGUCUCAUCAGCUGUUUCAUGGACAACGAAACGAUUCCGCUGGGUCCGUAUCCAGUAUUCACGACGGCGAUGCGCAAUCUGACCGUAUGCAGCUCCGGUCUUAAGCCCAAGGAUAAGAACCAAGUAAAUCAGAUGGUGUGCCACAUGGGUGGAUACUACCUCGACGUUCUGAACGCCAACUGCACGCAUCUCGUGUCCUCCACGGUCAAAUCGGUCAAGUACGAGAAAGCUUCCGAGUGUAAGCUGGGCAUCAUGCACCCGGAUUGGGUGAACGCCGUUUGGGAGGAGAGCCAAAAGCGCGAUGUACACGCGACCGAUUCUAGCUUCACCGAGCGGUAUCGCUUACCGGUGUUCUAUUCGCUAACGAUCACAUCUACGGGACUAGCAACGUCGAAGAAAAACGAAAUUAAAACGUUGAUCGAAUCGAACGGAGGAACCUAUGUGGGCGUGUUCAAGUCGGAAGUCACUGACAUCUUGAUACUGGAAAAGACGGGCACCGAAUCGGCCAAGUUCCUUGGGGCGGUGCGUUGCAAUAAAGAAUGUCUCACGCCCGAUUGGAUCGUGGACAGCGUCGCCAGUGGGUAUGCCUUGCCGAUUCGUAAGUACGAGGUAAAAAGCAUGAAGGCGUCCACGCCGACGAAAGAUGAAGAAGCAUCGCAUGAACGAGGCGGCCCAGUUAGUGUCCGCAUAUCAACCAGCGGGUUUAAUCCCGACUGCACGCAACUUUCGGAGAUUUCACACGCAAACUUUUCCGCUCGCAAUGUGACAAUUAACGAAAGCUUGGUGAUUCCAACAAUUACGGUGGAUGGACAACCACCGUCUAAGGCAACGUCCUCCGCCGGUCAUCCGUACAGCCAGCAGCAUCGAGAAGUACUGUCACGUAUGACCGUACAGCAAGCUAAAAAGGCGGGACCCGUACUGGACGGAUGUAGCGUGUUCCUGAGUGGGUUCACGUCAGACGAGAAAGACAAACUGAACAAAAUUCUGAACGCGGUCGGAGCUGUGCGUUACGACGAGAUCUCCGCUGCCAUCAGCCACGUGAUCGUCGGCGAACAGCACACGUCCGAGUUGAGCAAAUUUCGGGACUCUACUGCACACCUGCUCACCCUCGAAUGGCUGGCAAAGUCAAUCGAAUUACGACAGCUCGCGCCGGAAGAAUCGAGCGAAUAUGCGUUCCGACCGUCCGGGAAGGGCAUCGUAGAUCGCGCUCCGGAACCGCCAUCGCCGUCUAGCAAGAAAAAUUUGCAACGUAUGAAUAGUAGCGUCUUCAAGCGACCGGACGUGCCGAAGUUUCGUUUGGACGAAUCAGUUGUUGCUCCGGAGCAGGUACGUCCGCCGGGGGAAUUAUCAAGCGAUGCAGACGCCAUCAUGCUGCAAUACCUGGAGAAAAAUCAGGGGGAGAAGCUUCCUCCGGUUGCUGGAACAACGGAAGAGGUAAAACCAUUGCCACCACCACCGUCGUCAUCGUCGUCGUCUAGUUCUUCCGCCAUGAUGGACACGGAAGGAGAGAUGGAGUACACCGAGUUCAUGCUCGGAAAAACACUGUUCGUGUUUGGCUUCUCGGAGGAGAACGCCAUGCAGAUUUUGGCUGAUUGCAAAGAAUGCGGUGGAACCAUUGUGGAUGAGCACUACACCGACGAGGUGGAUUAUAUCGUGCUGCCGACGUCCAGCAUCGGAACGCCGGAGUUUGGCGUACGGGGAAAGCAAACGGUUAACUGCAUAUGGUUUGAGGCAUCCAUACAGGCCCAACAGUGCUGCCCGAUGGAGUACUUCUACGAACCGAUCAUUUAUGGCGAAAAUGAUCCUACCCCUCUCGAAGGAGAGACGGUUGUCAUCAGCUCGUACACGGGGUCGGAACGGGAGUUUCUCAUUGCGAUGGGCAAGAUUCUUGGGGCGUGCGUGCAAGAACGGCUCGUCCGUAAGGCGGCCCCACUCGUCGUGUGCAAGGAAGCGACCGGUGCCAAGUAUAACGCUGCUAUCCAGUGGGAUUUGACCGUCGUGACGGCUGAAUGGUUGCGCGACUGUGUCCGUCAGAAGCGCCGGGUGUCGGAAAAUCCCUUUCUAGUAGGGCAAUCGAUUUGUUCCGUUCGAAAUAUACCCGACGCCGGAGGUAUGUGUCUUCCGACCACCUCAACCGAUGACGUUGAUAUUGAUUCGGUGCGUGAAGACGGUCCGUUGGCAUCACGGCAUUCCCAUGUCCGGGAGCGUGAAGCAGAGCUAUCGAUGCACCCGCAGGCAUCAUCGACAAUGGUCUCACAACGGCCAAACCCUACCGGAGGAGAGUAUCGUUACAUCACGCGCACGAAAGCGCAAAAUGAGACGGAUCUUCAGUACGAUUUCAAACGGCUCACGACCACUCAGCUGAGACAAUUGACAAGUGACGAGCGGAUGGUGUACUCGCAGGAAAUGGACCAGUACGAGAAUCUGAUAGUGGCACAACGUGCCCAACGUAAACCGUUCGAUCCGAACGAGGGAGCCGCUACCGGUGCAUUAGAUUCCCCAGUGGAAGCAUUGCGAACUCGCAGACUGACCGUUCUCGCGGAGGAAGCACGCGGCGGGUCAUCGUCAUCUCGUUCUCCCGUCACUCCGGUUGCUGGAGCUGGUGAUUACGAGGCACUGAGCGUGACCCAGCGAGUGAUGGAUUUCGAUACACCUGUCCGCACAACGCUGUACAACGUGCUGAAGGACGUAGAGGAAGCGGAACGAAACAUUACGCCACGCACACGGCGUGUGAAGGAACUGUUGGCCACGCCACACGGUGGUCCGGGUGCUAGUGAUGGACACAUUCGCACACCGACACUUCCGGAGUGUAUGACGAAACCGAUCACACCGUACGGCUUCCGUCCGGAUGCCAGUCCCGACAAUCACGCUUACCACAAGCGCAAACUGCAGCACUGGGAUCGGUACUACAAACCAACGGCCGGUACGAGCAAGGACGCAUCCUGCGAGAAGGACGAUGAAACGGCCUCCCAAAAGACGCGCCGUCUUAGCACACCGUUGAGCGAAAUUAAGCGCCGUUUUUACGUCGAAAAGUUUGGCGAUGGGUACGCGAAUCACGUGGAGGCGAAGUGUACCACGAUGCCGCGGAAAAUGCAGAGCUUGAAUCGAUCCGCGGAUGAGUCCGAUCAGGAUGAGGAAAUUGCAAGCACGGCUCCACAACCGGACGGGCAAUAUCCGACACCACCGAGGGCUGGGGCGGCGGCUCAUUUCGGUAACCUUUCGAAAGAGAGUUCGUCGCGUUCGUCGACAUCCUCCGAUCGGGGUAAUGUAAGCGGAGAAAAACGAUCCCGCAGCGUGCUGGAAGAGGAAGAACGUGAAGAGGCGGCCGAAACGGAAGACACCGGUGACGGAGAGGUGCACAGUGUUGUGCAGCAUGAAAGUCCGGCGGGUUCGCGGACGGAUGGAAGUCACGAGCCAUCCGCGAAGAAACAGCUGCUCAAUACGCCAAAGGAGGACGAUUAUUUGAAGCGAUUGAGUGAUGCGAUCGCGUCGGUGAAACGAUCGGCGAAGAAAAAAUCCAAGUACGAGCUUCAGAACGACACCGACGAGCUGCCUGUGGAGCAGUACACUGAAGUGCCUUAUGAUUCGGAACCACCAGCCGGUGUUGGGGGAGUCAUUUGGCAGCAGCGUGAUAUCGAGAACAUAAACGUAAAUGAGUCACCGAAGCGCACGUUAAAGGCGGACAAGAGUAAGGUGAAAACUCCGUCAACUCCUGCUAAGCGAGGCAUGCGACACCGGGGCACUCCGAUCUUUGCCAUCACGGGUACGGGCGUGGACGAGGAGAUGCGGCGGGAGUUGGUGCGCAAAAUCGAACACUUGCGCGGUCAGUUUACGUCCGAGCAGGCCCAGUACGAUCCCGCCUGUACGCACAUCAUCUGUGGGAAGCCGAAUCGGGGCGAAAAAAUGCUCUGUGGCAUUGCAGCCGGCAAGUGGAUUCUGUCCAUCAAGUACGUGCAAGACAGCUUCGAUGCGGGACACUUUUUGGAUGAAGAGGACUACGAAUGGGGCAACCCGAAAGCGGUCGACAAUCUGGUGUGUCUGGAUUCAACUGCCGAUACGGAAAUGGCCGUUGCAGCGCAUACCUGGCGCAAACGGAUCGCGAACGAUGUUGGCAAACACGAUGGAGCGUUCACCGGGUUCCGGGUGCUGCUGGUGGCACCGAAAAAGGAACGGUUCGUGCGGUUGCUGAAAUCCGGUGGAGGGUUUGUGUUCGAUUUCGAACCUCCGUUUAUCAACUCCGAGCGGGCGAUGACGGCGACGCAUUGCUUCAUUGAUCGGAAACCUGAGCUGUUGCCGGCGGAUGAUCAUCGGACGCUAGCGGAGGCGGGAAUUGCGGUGUGUUCGAUCAUGUACCUAAACGCGUACCUCACGUCGGAGAAGCUGCCCGAUCCGAAGGACUUUCAGAUGGCGAUCUAGCGCACCGUUUACGUGCUGAUCAUGAUGGUGGUUUACGGUUUAUCAAUCAAACGAAUGCGCUCAGGCUUGUGGAUCGACUCCAUCGACAAUUUAACCCUUCGUUUGUUCACUUUGUAAAGGUGCCGAUGAGAUUGUUAAUACAUAAGAUAGGUUU